AUGAUUGACGACGUCCUCCGGGCUUUCCACCAUCCCGCCAACCGCGACGAGCGCAUUGAGAUUCAACGUAUGAUGUACGACACCGUUCUGCAGUGGACCCGGGAGACUCACUAUGAUUACGAUGAUCUCCUUUCGUCCGAGUCCGUCAAGGAAGGCCACAACCAUGUUCUGAACGGUAAACCCAUGGAUCGCGGCUCCGGUGGCGGUCAUACCGGGUGCGGUGCUGAUGGUGGCCACGGCAAGGUUGCGGGCUCCCUCUGGAGCAAGAUUCAGACCCGCGCACUUGACACUUCCAGUCCUGUUGGCGGAGGAGACGGUAGGCCCUCUUCCUCUACUGGUCGCAAGUAUGGCUACUCCUCUAGCUCCUCCUCCCAUCACCAGAUCCCCACCCAUGGCGAGGCAGCCUCGUACUUUUCUUCUGCCGAUCAGCGUCCUGCCUCCCCACCGGGUCACUUCUACGGUAGCCGCCUCUCUUCCUCUGGGUACGGAUCUUCUGCCUACGGUUCGGGUCGUCCUUCACCCGCCCCUGCGUCCUUUGGGUACCACCAUGCCGGCCACCAAGCGUAUGAGGGCAGCAGCGGCUUUCCUUCGCAGCCCUCAUACGGGGGAUCCUCUGGCCCAUCAUACGGCGGGUCUUCCCAACCCAGCUAUGGUUCCCAGCCUUCCUACCCCUCCCGACCUUCCUAUGGUUCCCAGCCUCCCUAUGGCGGCCCCCCUCACAGCCCCUACGGCGCUGGACAUCCCCCCUCUCCUCCUCGUCCCUCUGGCUAUGGCGGCGGAUACGCUGGCUACUCCGCUGGUCCCACUCCCAGCCACGGUGGCUACGGCAGCGGUCCAGCAGGUGGUGCUCCUCCCUACCCCUAUGGCGGUCCAAAACUAUGA